GAGUCAGUGAUUGAGAGAGAGAGAGAGAGAGAGAGAGAGAGAGAGAGAGAGAGAGAGAGAGAGGAUGAAAGUAGAACAAGUUCUUCACAUGAAUGGAGGAAUUGAAGAUAAUAGCUACGCUAAGAACUCCUUUCUUCAGAGGAAGGUUAUAUCCAUAAUGAAGCCCAUGAUAGAAGAAGCUUUACUACAUGCCUACUGCAACACAUUCCCACAUAGCAUGGGAAUUGCAGACUUGGGUUGUUCAUCAGGCCCCAACACUUUGAUGGUCAUCUCCAAAAUCAUGGAUACCAUUGCUGGAAAUUGUGACCGUCUAAAACAUCCAUUGCCGGAGUUGCGUGUGUACUUGAAUGACCUUCCAGGGAACGACUUCAAUACCGUUUUCAGGUCGUUGCCCGCUUUCUAUGAGAAAUUGAAGGAAGAGAAAGGAGAUGAAUUUGGGCCAUGUUUCAUUGGUGGGGUCCCGGGUUCCUUCUAUGGUAGGCUUUUUGCACGAAAAAGCCUUCACUUCAUCCAUUCUUCUUACAGCCUCAUGUGGUUGUCCAAGGUUCCUGCAGGGCUUGAGAGUGAAAAUGGAGUAGCAUUAAACAAAGGGAACAUCUACAUGGCGAAGACGAGUCCUCCUAUCGUUUUUAAAGCGUAUCUGGAGCAAUUCCAGAAAGAUUUCUUGACAUUUCUCAAGGCCCGUGCAGAAGAAAUGAUUGGUGGUGGACGUAUGGUCCUAACACUUUUGGGUAGGAAGAGUGCAGAUCCCUCUAGCAAAGAGUGUUGUUACAUUUGGGAAUUGCUAGCACAGGCCCUCAAUGAUAUUGCCUCACAGGGUCUGAUUGAAGAAGAGAAAGUGGAUUCGUUCAAUCUGCCACAAUACACACCCUCACCACAGGAGCUCGAUGAACUCGUUCAAAAGGAAGGAUCCUUCAUCCUCCAUCGGCUACAAGUCUCCCAAGUAAAGUGGGACAUCGAAGAUGAAGUUGAUGAUGGUUUUGCUUUGGCGAGGGGACAAAAGGUGGCCCAGUAUAUGAGAGCCGUCGCUGAACCUCUAAUCGCGGCACAUUUCGGAGAGGCAAUUCUGGAUGUCUUGUUCAAACGAUACAGUGAAAUUGUCUCUGAGCAGAUGAAGACAGGGGAAACCAAGUUCACUAAUGUCAGCAUUUCCAUGGAAAGAAAGGGGGAUGAGGAUCUAUGCAUUUGACUCAAACGGUUACCCCAACUAUGUUUGUAUCUGUAUUAAGGAAAUGAAUGUGGUGGGGGCGUUUAGGAUCCUGAAAAUGUCAAAGAAAAGAAAGAACAUGUAGGGAUGAUCAAGGAUCAUGAAUGCAUGUCCAAAGUGUUGGCCAUCAUCAACGACCCCACAAGAAAAUUGAGUACUCCUUUUGGAUCUCAUGUUUUCAAACUUUAUUUAUCUUAUUAGUUUAUUAGAGUUGUGUAAGUUAUUAUAUAAAUUUGGACUCUAGUUAAAGAUGGUUUAGGAGAUUUGAGUAGGGUUGAUUGUACCAGCUAUAAAUCUAUAUAUGGAUGUAGGGUGGAUACUUUAUCAGUCCGUAAAACGAUUAAUGUUAUUUUACUUUUGAGAA